ACAGCCAUAGCAAAUAAACUUCACUGUCGAUUUUAAUUAGCAACUUUGUACGUCCAUUUUCACCAAAGCGUACAUAGACAUGUUAUGCAGGUGUGUGUGUGUACUUUAGGAGCGAUACGAUCUAUAAAAGCAAUGGUUUCUCUUGUUUUGAAUUAGUUAAGCGAGGUGAUCAACAUAGCCCAGUCAUGAAGGUUUUUGUAUUGUAUUUUGCCGUUAUAGUAUGUUUUGCAAUUUCAAAUUCAAUAGCACGCUCUCUAAAUUAUCCGACACCAAUUAAUCCUAGUGUUUUAAUAGAAACAAAACCAGAGGAAAAAGUAAUUCUCAUUUCUGAUAUUAAAGAAAUCAGCAAAUUUAAACGUGAAACCAGCAAGCCCUUCUAUCCGACAAUUACCCCAGAACAAGCGCAUCACAUUAGUAAACGCGAAAAUGUGUUCCGACAUUCUGUUCGAUACAAACGGGAUAUACCAGUGCCUUUGGUAGCAAAGCACAAACAUCCCGAAAUAUCUGCUUCUGAAAACGGCGACCACAAAUCAACUGAUGAAAAUGUUGAAAGUUUUGCCAAUGACCAAGUUGUCAAAGAUAAGUACAAACAGGAUGCAGCUAAAUCAGAAGGAAGCCAGCCAGUAUCACACCCUGACCACACACCUGAAACUUUAACUACACACUCUGUUAUCAGACCCAAACCAGUAUCAGUUUCAGAGCUUUUUUCUAGACAUCAUGAAACCGAUGAUAAAUAAUUAACGUGUUUUCUAGUUUAAGUGCGAACUAAUAAAGGUGCUAAUUUUUGAAAUAAACAAUGCUGUUUAAGCAUACAUGUGUACAUACAAA